GUACCAUACUAUUUUAGUAAAGCUAAUUACUUUUAUAAGUUUAAGUGAUUUUCUUAAAAUGUAUGCGCAUGGCGAGGCUCAUAUGAAAUCAUGAAGUCUACCCAGUCUGCCGCUAGAGGCGCUGGUCCCUCUUCCCGUCUCUCUCCCAUCAGAGAAGAUGCCGCGUGUCAAAGGUGAAAAGAAGAGCCAGUCGGCCAUUGACAAGGUGGUGACCCGUGAGUACACCAUCAACAUGCACAAGAGAUUGUACGGUGUAUCUUUCAAGAAGAGAGCACCUCGUGCUAUCAAGGAAAUCCGCAAGUUUGCCAAGAAGCAAAUGAACACCGAAGAUGUGCGUCUGGAUGUCAGGCUAAACAAGCACAUCUGGUGCAGGGGAAUCAGGAAUGUUCCCUUCCGCAUCCGAGUUCGUCUUUCCCGUCGCCGCAAUGAGGAUGAAGACUCCACUCACCCUUUCUACACCCUAGUAACCUUUGUCCCUGUUGCUUCCUUUAAGGGACUAGGAACUGAGAAUGUAGAUGAAGGCUCUGAUGAUUAAAGUGGGAGAAAUCUAAUAA